CCCACACUGAUGACGCCUCCGGUGGGAGGGAGAGGGCCACGAACCGUAAACAGCGCGGAGCCGCUCUGCCGUGCGCCGUCGUUUUACCUAAAUGCGUCUUCGUGUUGUUGUUCCUAUUUAAGGCAGUGCCACUGACGAAUGGCUUCGAGUUUCUAACUUCACCGUUCGACGAAGGGACGGGCGCGCAAUCGGCUCAGCCCGCGCUCGGGUGCGCCGUCACUUGCCGUGGCCUAGCAAGAAACCCACUCCCCCCACCCACCACCUUUUGUGGUUAUUCCUCCACCACUCUCCUGGCUCAUCAACGCAGGCAAAGGACACGCGUACCCACGCGCCUGCAUGCGCGACGUAUUAAUGUAGAACGUAAAGCCAGCCCCGUUGCUGGUCGGAGGGCGUCUAACUCGAUGCGCCGGUGAGGCUUUUUGCGUGCUCGCCGUCCGAGUUCGGAGAAGCAGUUUAAAGGGGGACACCAUGGAAAGCCCCAUCCGUACGUGGCGGGGGUCCUACUACCUGAUAUCCAACAAGCGUUGGGUGCCCGGACGCUUCUGCCUCCUGCCAGGGCGCCUAUGCUUUUACGCGAACAAGGACAGCACGAUGUUGUUCUCCACGCGCCUCGCCGAUCUGUGCGAGAUAAAGAAGACGACUGUAAGCUUGGUGUAUAGUGCCCUGGCCUUGACACAAGUGGGCGGCGUUGCCUGCCACUGGCUGUCGGGGCUAGAGCCAAGCAGAGAUGCUGUCUUCAACGUGCUCGAGCAUUUCUGGAGGGAGGAGCUUCUCGGGGGUGGUUCCCAGGCCUCUGCUUCUUCCACAGCCCUGGGACAGCACCUGGUGGCCACAGCCACGGGCUCACAGCGCCGGCUGGAAGAAGCGGCGCAAGCUUUGCACCACCAAGGGCAGCAGCUGGACGGGAUCGGGCAGAACCUGCAGAAGAUGAACGCUGAUCUCUGCAUAGCUGAUCGGCUUCUAACGCAGCUGGAGGGGCCCUCAUUUUUCAGCCGUUGGACUAAAACUUCGGAGGAUGGCAGCGAGCGGAAGCAGGUCCAGAAAGAAGCAUCGGCUGGCCCGGGAGGAGGCCACCAGGAUGCAGCCACAGGGCUCAUAGUGCGUGUGCCUGUAAUGUAUUCGCGAGGCCGUGGCACGGAGUUCCAUCAUGGUCACCUGGCCGUGCUUUGCUCGGCACUGGAGGUCCAGGACGCGGCCGGAAGACAGGUGCACAUAUACCGGCGAAGUGACGUGGACGAGAUCGAGGCACUCAGCCCUUACGAAGUCAUUGUCAAGCAGCGGUUUAUUGGGCAGCCUGAUGUUGUUUUCCUACUGCUCUCUGCCAAGAUAGCCAAUACCAUCCCUGUGCUGGAGCAGCAGUACCGGGAAAAGUUCUCUGCAUAUCCCACUUAUCCCUGGGGUCCAGCACCUACUCACAAGAGGAAAACAUCUGGACACAAGUUAAUUCAAACAGCUGGCAGGUGGCUGGGUGGCCUCAUGGGUGGUGAUGACGAAGCCUCAGAAGCUGAAGGAAAAGUUCAGGUGCAGAAAGGGCAGACAGUGAGUGAUGCGGAAUCAGCCCAGCUGAAUCAGGUGCUGACAGGCAUAAAGGUACUGGCACUUGAGUCGGGCGCUGAGGUGGAGCGGCAGAAUGAACUUCUGGAGGACACGAGCUCGCUGGUGGACCGCACCACCUCGCGCAUCAAUGCAGCGGAUCGCCGAAUCAAGAAGCUACUGUGAAAGGAUACGCUACAUGGCCGAUUUCUUUGUUUCAUCAUCGGCAUCAUUUGAAUAUUUCACGUGAUUUGUUGCUCCAGUAAAGAUUCUCCAUACUUGCGAAAAAUCCUGUGUUUUUUAAUGACGUCCUUUUUUAAAAGAUGCCGUCUCACCAUUUUUUGGUGCUGUGUAGAAUUACUGAACGGUUUAAGGAUUGGUAUUUAACUUUUGCACUUUGAAAAGUAUUAUUUACUUAAAUUCAGGAGACUUAAAGUUAUCAGGUAGCAUAGUUCAAUGGGGUUUGUUUGUGUCUCUCGUAACGUAACCACAUAUAUGGUCGUUGUGUGGCCUGGUAAUAUGUGUGUUGCUUCUUUCAAACCCACUUAAAUUGAUGAUGCUAUGAUAGCACUAUAGGGCUAAUAUUCAUUGAGUGAUAAAACUGCCAAAAUACAUUCCCUUGGUGCUUUUCCAAUAUUGCUGGAUUUAUUCUCCAACACACCAGUUGGCUGAAGUAGCAACUAAUUUGCAUUUUGUUUACGUCACAAAUCCCUUACUAAUUGGCUGUGUCGGGUGGUGGAGGGUUAUGACACAUUUAUACUUACGCGAUCUAACCCAAAAACCUUCAUUGUGAAUUGCUGUUUAUGUGACCAUGGGCACAUGAAGCAAACUAAUGAACGAAAAUGAUUUCAGCAACAAGUGAAUCAGGCCUAUAUUUAUUAUCGUCAAUAUUUUUUUUACCGUCAAAAGUUAACAGGAGUAACGAUGCAUACAUUUUGAAGAUCGCUAUAUUAAUCGAAUCGUGCAUAUAAGUGUUUUUGUAUUACUAUAUGGGUUCAUGUGACCCCCUCCAACCAUUAUAUUCUGCAACAUUCACCACAUUGUUAACAUUUAUUUUUUGAGAUAGUGGAGUGGUUCAGGUGGCCCUGCUGAGUUUCUGGGUUUGAAUCUGGGCAGCCAGUCAUAGGUUGAUGGUCUCAGUCUGGCUAUAUAAUGACUGCACUAAUGAAACACAUUUUAGUUGGUUUUGCCCUUCAUUUGGGCUAACAUCUAGUCCUGAAAAUGAAAUAAUAUCAGCUCUAAUCUCAUGCAAUGUAAACACUAUGUAACACAAUUUUUGUUCCUGGGUAGUAAGUGUUAUUUCGUAAUUGCUUUUGCCUAAAAAGUAUAGAAAAUGGCUAUUAUUCUCCACAAACUUUGCUUUUGUGACCAGGACAG